AUGAGGCGUGAAAGAAUCGUGAAGGACGUUAUCUUUGGCGUCACACUCCUACUGCUGGCUACUGCAAUUCUCGCAACGGGUGGUGUACGGGCGGAGUUCUGGCAAAAUGACGACGUGACGACCGUGAAGGUGCGUUACAACAUGAAGACAAAGGAGUUUUCCGUCACGGAGGGGGAAUUGUUUGGCGCCGUGGCCGCCACACUGGAGGUGCAUGACACCUUCCUGCAGAAUGGCUGGGAUGUCGUGAAUGCGGAGGCGGACAAGGAGUUCCUGCACUCGGGGCCCAUUGAGACGAGGGAUGAGAUGCUCCGAAUAGCCUACCAGGCAAUGGGGUACGGCGAGGGGUACACAACGCAGAAGCGCAUGGAAGCGCAAUUGAACAAUAGCUUCUUGGGCAAGGGCGGUUUGAACGAAAUCCUGGCAAGCUCGCCAGAGGCUGUGAAGUGGAUCCAGGAACACGUGGAGUACAUGGACACCGCGGAUGCGGUUGACGCGUACGGCCGUCAGCUGAAGAAUCUGUUGGCUCUUCUUGACGGCAUGGUGGCGGGGUACAACGCCCGUGUGGGGGCGGGCGGUGUGUUGUUGAAUCGCACGUGGCUGUUUUAUUUGAACUUCCUGGCGGAAAUUGGUGACGUCGUUGCGUCGGUGUCCUCCCAAAACACCAUCGCGGGGCUGCGGGAAACGAACCCGAGGCAUUUUCUUGAUCUCCAUUGCUCAGCCCUUGUGAAGGUGACGGAAUACGACAUUUACUUUUCGCAUGCCACAUGGUCCUCAUUCAACAGCAUGUUGCGGCAGUACAAGACGUAUCGUGUGGAGCACCGCACUGUCACAAUGUCAUCUUACCCCGGCAUGAUCCACAGUAUUGACGAUUGGUACAUGACAAGUGAACGACUGGCGGUCAUGGAAACGACGAAUGGCAUCUACAACGACAGCCUGUACGCAUACCUCAACCCAAAGACCGUCUCAGAGUUUCUACGUGUGAUGAUUGCCAACUUCCUCGCCACUGAUAGCCCCUCGUGGGUGAAGUACUUUUCUCUUAACAACAGUGGUACGUACAAUAAUCAGUGGAUGGUGUUAAACAUGGCUGCGGUGGCAAAUCCAAAGACACCAAUGCCUGCAAAUACGUUUUGGGUUGCGGAACAGUUACCGGGCUCCACGUACCCUCUUGGGGUAACCGCUGCCGACAUGACUGAACACCUCAAUAAGUAUGGCUACUGGGCGAGUUACAACAUUCCAUACUUUGAAAAUGUCUACGAAAUUUCCGGCUACUUGAAGAAAGAGAAGGAGUUUGGAGAUUACUUCUCCUACACAAACUGCUCAAGGGCGAAGAUGUUUAAGCGCAAUGAAAGUGACGUGGUCAGCCUUGAAAGUAUGAAGCGUCUUAUGCGGUACAACAACUACAAGGAGGACAAUUUAUCCCUCAUUCAAAACUGCACCGGGGCUGGCAUGAAUGAUACGUGUAAUCCUCCAUUUAGUGCCAUGCUGACAAUUGCCUCACGUGGGGAUCUGAACCCAGCAGGGGAUGCGAAGAACUACGGCCCACUGUACGAGUACCUUGGCCGCCGUGACCACGGUGCCACCGAUGCGAAGAUUGCCACGUGGAGUGGAAUGGUUAUGGAUCUCCACCACUACACCUCCCAUGUCAUCUGCGGCCCCACAAAUGAACAGCAACCCACAUUUGAAUGGAAAGAUGACUUGUUUACGCCCAUGCCGCCCACAUACGGUCUACCAAAGGUGUACAACUUCACAUUCAUGAAAUACGUGACCAAUGUCUCUCCAAAAAGUCCGAGUAUUGACAAUGCAAGAAAUAAAUGGGUCGGUAUUGCUGUCAGCACUGCAGCAGCGGCAUUGGUUUUUGUUUCCAUUGCGAUUGUCCUCGUCCGCUCGCGACGCCGCGCCAAGUACCUCCACGAGGACAUGCUUCUUGCCCACUGA